AUGGGCACUUUCCUCCGCAAGGGAGGUGAUAUUGACGCACUUUAUGCACUUCACACCCUGCUUCUCAGCGACUUCUCGAAUGUUAUAGUUCUCGGCCAAGCUCGUACGAAGCGGACCCUGGGGGUGACAGAUGCUGCUCUCAAUAAUCGCUCCCUGGAUGAAGCCCUCAUUCAAAGGGCUGUUCAAUACAUGGUAGAUAGCAGCAGAGCCAGCAGACUGACCUACAACAGCUAUGCGGUUAUGGGCACCACCGAGCUUGUGGAUCCGCUUCAAAGCCUGAAUAUGAAGGAGAACAUCCCAAUUACCGGAGCUCUUUAG